AUGGCAGGUCCCCUUCUCCCAACCCUGCUGCUCCUACUGCUGUCCUUAGCACCGGGAUCUGCUGGACAAGAAGCCCAAGGCAACGGGGAAAGGAUUAUUUUUGCAGAUGUUUGUCCAAGAGGCUCCCAUCCCUGGCAGGUGGCCCUGUAUGACAACAAUGAAUUCCACUGUGCAGGCGUGCUGGUCAACCAGCAGUGGGUGCUCACCGUCGCCCACUGCCACCUGAGCGAUUAUAUUGUGCAAAUGGGCAGUGAUCUUCUGGUUGGGGGGCAUGCCCAGAUGAUCCACGCUACAGAGUCCUUCAUCCACCACCGGUAUAACAACAUCACUUAUGAUCAUGACAUCAUGCUUGUGAAGCUGAGCAGCCCGGCCAUGCUCUCGCACAAUGUGCAGACAAUCAACCUACCGUCCAGCUGCAAAGACCCUGGGACAAGCUGUACUGUCUCUGGCUGGGGCAUCACCACCGUAGGUGAAGGAGCAACAAUUUCAUCAGAGCUCAUGUGCUCAGAUGUCAGCGUCACCACCUACCCGGAAUGCAAGUUGUAUUAUCCUACCGUGUUGAAAAAGUACAAUAUCUGUGCUGCUCCCCCGUUUGGGCUCGGCUACCCCUGCACAUUCUCUGCCCAGGUCAUGGUGGGACCCCAUGGGGGCCUGCGGGGCCUUGUGGGUGGGCACAAAGCUGAAGGAUAG